AUGGAAAAUGGAGACAUCGUCUACUACUUAUUGUUGGAAAUAGUUUAUUGUGACCCCAUAGCAUUUAGUUUUGAAACUUUAAGCAUGGCAAUAAUUGUUUCACUUUUAAAUGCCGACGUCGGAAAAGUUCCAUUAACACAGCAAAAAUUUUCUCAAAAAAAAAUAUUUCCACAUUUUUAA